CCGGCAGCCGCCGACUCUGCGAGAACAGCCGCCACACGGGGGACAGGGAGUUCGUGAGCCCCGCCCACUCCCUGGCGAAGGGUAGGAUGGAGACCUUGGAUGAGUUUGACAAUGAGUACCCCCUCAGUAUGUCAUUCUGCAAGCUGAUUUCCCCAGAGGACUUUGAAGUACAGUCUUUAUCCUACACUGAGCAGUGCCUGCAAGAACUGUAUAUAAACAUGGAGCGUAGCCCAGGGAUCUGUGAGAGGGUCAUGCGAAAGCGGAAGCAGAUGGACAAAGAGGCAGCUGGCCUGGCAUCAUUCUUAAAGGCCAAGUUUUUCUGGACACUUCAGGGAGAGAUGAAUUACUGUAACUAUGUGGGGAUUGCGGAGAUGCAAGAGAAGGUGGUGCAGCUGAAACGAGACAUGCAGAAAGUGAACAACUAUGCUCGGGCUGCAAAGGCUGUUAAAGUGCGACGUCCAAGGCAAGUGACUGGGAAGAAGCAAGCUCUGGAGGGAGGAUUCUGUCCCUCCUGGGCCAGGACUUCUGGCUCCACUGCUCCUCCCAAGUUCACCAUGCCCAGGGUCUUCGGACCUUUUCCUGAACUGAUGAGCAAGCAGAUGGACAGAACAACAGCUUCGAACACUGACCUGAAGCACCACUGGGCUGGGGUGUCGACAAUGAACCAAAAGAGCAUGAUCGAUCUGCAUCCUGUAGUGCUGAACCCUGGUGGCUUCCAGGCCUCCCUCCAGGCUGGUAACCACCUCAAUAAGCUAAGGUACACCAGUCUCUCCAGGCCUCCUGGGAACAGUCCCAACCCUUCUCCACAAAAGGCAGGCCCUUCUGACAUGAAAUCCACACCUUCUGUUUUCGACACUCCCAUGCUGUCCAGGUUUCAAGGUGGCUCAGAAGAUGACAUGGAUAAUGAGAAACCUGGCCCCAGUUCCCCUCCAAAGGGGGCAUAAUUGUCUCUUCCUGUAUGGAAAGUUGCUACAUGAAUAAAAGUUCCAUGCAAGCUCCUUGA